UUAGCUGCGUUUAAUUUCUUCUGGUAUGUUGGCGUUUUGAUAUUAAAAGUUAGAGUGCGCAUGUUUGCGGAGAGCCCGGCCGCCCCGGCCCGAGCCAGUGUCGGGUUUCAGGGACAGAUGGAGGUGGAGUCUGCGGAGCUUCAGACUGGAGGAACAACAGAAAAAAGCUGCUGCUCGGGGAACUUUGAAGUGUUUAUGUGUUUUAACAAUUGAUGAGCGCUGCACCUCUGACCGGCGCUCACCUCUCUGCCAACACACGGGACGAUGCACCUAGACAUGACUGCACUUCACAUUCUUGCUGUGCUCUUCCUGCCAGGAGCUUGGGCUCAGAGCAGCGGCAUCAGCAGCCGCCCCGGUGUGGUGGUGGACGCCAGAAACAUCACCCUCCCGGCCGGCUCCCAGGCCGUCCUGCCGUGUCGGAGUGCCCGCAUGGUGUGGACCCAGGACAGACUCAAGGACCGCCAGAGGGUGGUACACUGGGACUUGGUGCGCAACAGCCCAGAGUAUUCCGUAGAGCGAGUCUUGGACAUGUCACCCGGAGCUCGCCAGAGGGUUUACAACGGCUUCAACAAGGGACGCAUCGCCAUCCCAGACUCUGGCUUCAAUGACGGGAAUUUCUCGCUUAUCAUCAAGAACGUGUUAGCAACGGACAAAGGAGUGUAUACUUGUAAUCUGCACCAUCAUUACUGCGAGAUUCAUCAGUCCAUUCAGAUCCAGCUCAACGUCACAAAGUCAGCCAAGAAAGAGAAACGGUACUGGGAUGGAGACAAGACGGUGUUUGUGGUGCUGUUGGGCAGCUCGGUGGUGCUGCCCUGUGUGAACCGCCACGCCCUGUGGAGGGACGGCGUCCAGGAGGACCAGCAGCAGGUGGCCCACUGGGACUUCCAGCCCCCCGGCGUCCGUCCGGACAAGGCGGACCGGCUGGUGGACCUGUACGCCUCCGGGGAGCAGAGAGAGUACGGACCCCUCUUUUCCCAGAGGAAGAUGAGCGUGGCAGAGGACGCGUUCACGUUAGGGGACUUCUCUCUGUACAUCUCCAACCUGAUGCCGUAUGACAAAGGCCUUUACUCCUGCCACUUGCACCACCACUACUGCGGCAUGCACGAAAGACGCAUCUUCAGACUCACUGUGGGACCUCCACGUCCGUCCAACCCCACAAUGGAGCCAGAUGUUUUCCAGAAUGAUGAGGAUAAACCAAAGACCGCAGAGGUGUUAUCAGAUGAACACAAUCAACGUGUGCAAAAUGUCUUCAUUCAAGGUUAUUUCGUGCAGCAUUUGGGGUACUUCCUGGCAACAUUUCUCCUUCUUGCAUUCAUCGUUGUUGCUGUCAUCGUGCUGACCAGGAGACAGAAAAAGAGAGAGAUGGAGUAUGAGCUGGGCAGAUCUAUCCGGGGACAUGUGACCAGUGGAGGUGAAAUGACCUUAGACUGCUCGGAACUCAAGAUCUGUAACCAGGAUCCUUUAAAUUCAGAAUACAAAAACAACCUACUGAAAGAAAGGGACAUGGCCAAAGACUGCAAUAAGGACUUUGAUGAAAAGAUGUGGAAGUGAGUGUGAUACUUUCAGAGAAGCUGCUGGCAGGUCCAGGGCGAACACCGGAGGAGUAAAAGAUCACAGAGAUGAGAGCAAGAAAGAGAGGGGGAAAAGAAACCCGGAGAGGACAGGAGGAAUGCUCCCUCUGCUGUAAUCCUAGCACACUAAGCUUUUUCACUAAGAGGCUUCACAGUUUGUUUGUUUUUAACACUUUUUUAUGGUAUAACUUGCAUUUUCAUCUGCAUUACUUUAAGCUUGUAUAUAUAUUUGAUCAAGAGUCUUUGCAUUCAUUGUCUAAUAGACAUUAAGGCAUUUUUUUUUAAAUCAUCCAUUAAUGUUUUUCAAGUCAAAUGCAUGCUGUUUAUUGAGAUAUGUUUUCCAUGUACUGUACUGUGCAUGCAGUAGCAAGCGCUACUUCAGUGUUCAAAUUUGAUGAGUCCCUCUCCUUUAUUUUUUAUUUUUCUUUCUGCUUAAGUGGCAUUUGUAAAAUGGAUAUGGUUCAAGGGUUAUUUUACAGUACUGUAUGACACCAUUUUUCAUUUCGAGUUAUGGAUAAAUGGAGGUUGGGUUUUUUUUUGUUUGUGUUUUUUUCUGGUUCUCAACUGUGCUGUCAAAAUAAUGUUUUUACUUAUGGGGAUUUUGCUCAAAGUGUAGAAUAUCUGGCUGAAAUUAAUCUCCAUUUCACAACCCAAAUGUACGAUGUAAUCUUCCAAUACACCUGCAAAAAGCAAUGACACAAGUGCUUGGUUUGUGGGAACUCAGGAAAAGAUCCACAUUUGAAUCAUUUCUUUCAUGGGCUGUGCAGUACGCCGACUUGUCUGCAUGAAAUGUAAAACACUGAAUUUCCAUUCUUCUGUAUACCAAGGACACACAUCUGUUAUAAACUAUGUUGCUGUACUUCCUAUAGGUUUGAUGGGCUUUUUCUACAACUUUACUGUUAAAGUAUUCCUUGUCCCUGUUUCCCAAUCUGUCAUCCUGGCACACACUUCUUAAUAAAAGAUUUGGUCUGUUA